AAAUAACACAACAAGCAAUCUCACUUAAGUUUUACAUCGGAUGUCUGUGAGUUUGACUAUGAACCAGCAACCUAGAUCAUCGGAUCCGUCUGAAAGGGGCAUCUCUAACUCGGAGAUAGUUUGGGGGGUUAACUAAAAACACAGCAACUGCACAAGUUUAACUUUUAGGCAUGACAACCGACUGUCCAAUGGAGGAGCCACUGGUAGAGGAGUUAACUUUUCUAGAAGGCUCAGCUCCCUUCAGUAGUUGUCAUGCUUCUACAAUUGUCGAGGUUGAUAAGGACAAUUUUUUGGUUGCCUAUUUUGGGGGCACAUCAGAAGGUGCAACUGAUGUCAAGAUUUGGUUGCAGACUUACAAAAAUGGAAGAUGGGAAUCACCUGUAGUUGCUGAUGAUGAACCAAAUGUUCCUAUGUGGAACCCUGUACUAUUCAAACUUCCGUCAGAUGUGCUACUUCUAUUUUAUAAGAUAGGCCAAGAAGUUCAAAAAUGGAGUGGAUUUGUCAAGCGAUCAUAUGAUAAAGGCAUUACUUGGACAGUAAGAGAACAACUUCCUCCUGGUAUAUUAGGACCUAUAAAAAAUAAGCCCAUUUUGCUAGAGAACAACCAUUUAAUUUGUGGAUCAUCUGUUGAAAGCUGGAACUCGUGGGGUGCCUGGGUGGAGGUCACAACAGAUUUUGGCAAGUCAUGGAGCAAGCAUGGCCCAAUUUACAUUGAAAAUGAACCUCUAAGUGUGAUUCAACCAGUACCUUAUCAGACUGCAGAUGGUAAAUUACGUGUCUUACUACGAUCCUUCGAUGGCAUUGGUAGAGUAUGUCUAUCAGAAUCAUCCGAUGGUGGCCAAACUUGGGGAUAUGCAAAACCUACUCAACUCCCUAACCCAAAUUCAGGUAUUGACGGGGUCAAGCUUAGAGAUGGUCGUAUUUUGCUUGUUUAUAACACUACAUCGAGGGGCGUGCUUAAAGUUGCACUCUCUAAAGAUGACGGUGAUUCUUGGUAUGAGGCUCUCACAUUGGAGGAUUCAUCUGGAAUGGAAUUCUCAUAUCCUGCUGUUAUCCAAGCUAGUGAUGAGCUAAUACAUAUCACCUAUACAUAUAAAAGGACACAAAUUAAGCAUGUUGUUCUUAAACCAAAUUGAUGUGGAGUAAAUUGUUUCAAGUAAGAAGAAACAAUCUUCACACAUCUUACUUCUUAUAAUAUUUCAAACGGAAGAGAAAAGUUAUCCGUACAAAGAACACAAGAGAGGUUUCCAGUGUAGUCAUGGGCAUAGUUGCAGUUGCAGGUGUGGAGUUAUUUUGCCCAACUAUUAUUAUAUAUAAUAUUCUGAAAGAGUUGUUGUGAUUAAACUAUUAAUGUGUUGGAGAAUAAUUUAAAGCGAGUUUAGAAGAGUUUUUUAUUUUUAUUUUAUAAAAGAGGUUUAUAUUAAAAUAAACGAAAUUAUACAUCAAGAGAGUAUUUAACAAGGGGAAGGGAGGUUCCACUACUUGAAGGCUAAAAGGAGGGGAGUGCCCUUGUUGAGCCAACAUAUGAGCACAUUUGUUUCGUUCCAGGAGGAGUAACAGAGAGAGCCAGUCCAGUCCUUUAUUUGCAUGAGGGAAGUAUUUUGUUUAAGUAGUAGGAGCGACAUGAAUUGGGUAUGACUUAUCUUGACCAUAUUAAAAAGAACAGCAGAAUCAGUUUCGAAAACCACAUUUCUGAAACCAUGAGAACGAGCAAGAUCAUUUCCACUUCUAAUGGCCCAAAUUUUCCGCAAAUAGAGAACUACUAGAAGUCACUUUAGUGUAAAAACAUUUGAUGAAAGAAUCAUUAUGAUCCUUCAAGAUACCUCCACAUGAAGAAGAUCCAUCAACAAAGUUGUAUGAGCCAUCUACAUUCAUCUUGAGGUCCCCCCAAGAGGGGCUUAGCCCAUUGAGACUGCUAUCAAAAGGCAUGCUCGGUUUAGCCAAACCAUUUUGGAUAAAAUCAACCUAGUGCCAAAGAUCACGACCCAAAUUGGAGGUAUGGGAGAAAACUAGAGUGUUUUAGUCCUUUCAAAGGGCAUUAGUGACCACGCCAAAGAAUAUCUGCCGUAACCAAGUUGUAUUUCCGAUAUCAGAAUCAGAGAUAUUCCAUUCAAGCUAUGCAUACAUGUCAAGGCUUAAAAAACUUGCUAGAAUGAUCAAGUUUGAUAACUUUAUUCCUAAAAUCCUGCACAUCUUCACAAUUCCUAAUGAUAUGCAUUAGCUUUUCAGGGGCUGAGAAGCAACAAGGACAAAGAUUAUCCGGUGCCGUAUCUCUGUGACAAAGUUCAAUAAGGUGCUUUCCCUGAGCCAUCUUCCAUGGUGUGGUUUUGAUUCUGGUCGAGCCCUUCUAGUUCCAAACUUCCUUAACUCGGAUGUUGUAGGCAGAUUUCAAGUUGAACUGACCAUUAAUGGAUUUAAGCCAAGAAGGGAAGUCCUGUUGGCCAUUUGAAGAAGGGUUCAGUUGAUGGAUUCUAUCACAUAUAGAAAUAGGAAGAAUUUAAUCCAACUAACUCCAGUUCCAAUCAUUUCAAUUACUGUAACUGGAACUGAAAAAUCAGCUUUUCAUUGAGGCAUAUCAUGCGAUAAUGUAUCAACAAGAAUACCACAUGGAAUCCAGUUGUCUUUCUAAAACUUUGUUGCAUGACCAUGACAAUUCACA